GUCACAGGUCUCAUGGCUUUGAUAAAUGUAAUCAUUAAAAUCAUAUGAUGUGAUGUUUGUAAUGUGCGGUUUUCCCACGAUUUCAUUAGAAAAUAUAACCAAAUUUAAAAAAAUCAUUAGCUAAUUCAUUCAUCGACUCAAUAAUCGCAAUGCUCGCAGUGAUUAGAUUUAGGCCUAGAUCCUAUAAAUUACGAAGCCCUUCGCAUUGUAUUAUCGGAAAAGGUCAUUGUAGUCGAUCUUAUUCUAUCACACAUUUCACGAAUGACUGGACCAAUAAAUUAAAAAGUGAACCGGCUAAGCUAACUUUAGCGAAUGGUCAAGUGAUUAAGGGUUACUCCUUCGGUUACCCCCUGUCAUCUUCGGGCGAAAUGGUCUUCAAUACCGGAUUAGUAGGUUAUCCAGAAGCAUUAACCGAUCCGUCCUAUUGUGGCCAAAUCCUGACAUUUACCUAUCCGAUUCAAGGUAACUAUGGGGUACCGGAUACCCGGUUAUUGGAUCAGUACGGUUUGCAUAGAUACAUCGAAUCAAAUAAAAUUCAAGUAAAAGGGCUUCUGGUUCAAGAUUACACUUCCAAUUAUUCACACUGGAACGCGAAAACAUCGUUACACGAAUGGCUAAUCGAACAAAAAAUACCGGCAAUGUAUGGCGUGGAUACUCGUUUGAUCACCAAAACCAUCAGGAAUAAAGGCACUCUUCUAGGAAAAAUCGAAUUCGAAAACCAGCCAAUCGAUUUUUACGAUCCCAAUGCGCACAAUAUCCUUCCCCACGUAUCCAUAAAAUCGCCCGCGGUUUAUUGCCCCGAUAAUCCUUACAAGAUUAUAGCCGUUGACUGUGGCAUCAAAAAUAAUAUUAUUCGAAAUUUAAUUAAAAGAGGUGGAUGCGUUAAAGUUGUACCUUGGGAUUACGAUUUUACAAAAGAACCCUACGACGGACUUUUUAUAUCUAAUGGCCCCGGAAAUCCUAUCCACGCCGAUAAGACUAUCCAACAUUUAAGCAAAGUUAUCAAGGAAAGGAAUGAACCAAUUUUCGGAAUUUGUUUGGGGAAUCAAUUGAUGGGUUUAGCCGCCGGCGCGCAAUCUUACAAAUUACCUUUCGGAAAUAGAGGUCAUAAUCAACCAGUCAUGAAUACAAUCACGAACGAAGCGUACAUAACAUCCCAAAAUCAUGGUUUCGCCAUUGACCAAAAUACCCUGCCUUCCGAUUGGAAAUCCUUAUUUGUUAACAUCAACGAUAAAAGUAACGAAGGUAUCUACCACACGAACAAGCCAUUUUUUACGGCUCAAUUCCACCCGGAACACUUUGGCGGGCCAAAGGAUACAGAAUCGUUGUUUAACACCUUUUUUGAUAUGGUGAAACGCCAUAAAACGGAGAAAUAUAGCAUUAUAACUAUACCAGAAUAUUUUACUCGAACUUCUAAAAAGGCAGGCGAAUCGAAAGUUUCUGCCACCUCUUCCCUUCCUGUUUCAUGUCGCAAAGUGCUAAUCCUAGGUAGCGGCGGCCUCUCCAUAGGUCAAGCCGGCGAGUUCGAUUACAGUGGCUCCCAGGCCGUCAAGGCUUUUAAGGAAGAAGGAAUCGAGGUCAUUCUUAUGAACCCGAAUAUAGCGUCGGUUCAGACUAACUCCCCCCAGACCAUCAUAGCUGACGAUUUGCUGCCCAAUAAAACGAUGCUAACUAAUAGCAACAAAAAAACUGCUCUAGCCGCUGACAGCGUUUAUUUCCUUCCCGUCACAUCGACGUUCGCCGCUUUGGUCAUAGCUAAAGAGAAACCUGAUGCUAUUUUACUGUCAAUGGGUGGCCAAACGGCUCUCAACGUGGGAGUCGAGCUUUACAGGAAAGGGCUGGUCGGCCCUGGCACGGGAGUCAACGUGCUAGGAACGCCCGUGGAUUCAGUAGUGGCCACCGAAGAUCGGGGACUCUUCGCAGGAAGAUUGAAGGAAAUAGGGGAAAAAAUAGCGCCGGGCCAAGUCGCUAGUACCAUGGCAGAAGUCGAUGCGAUAGUACAGAAUCUACUGGGAGGCCAAUAUCCCGUGAUGGUAAGAGCCGGAUUUGCCUUGGGCGGCUUGGGCUCGGGAGUGGCCAAAGAUAGAGAAGAACUUGAAUACCUGUGCAAAACUGUGUUUGCCAUGGGAGGACAAUCACAGGUACUCGUAGAAAAAUCUCUUUUGGGUUGGAAAGAAAUCGAAUAUGAGGUUGUCAGAGAUAUUGCCGGAAAUUGCAUUACAGUGUGUAACAUGGAAAAUUUGGAUCCGCUAGGAGUGCACACUGGCGAUUCUGUUGUAGUAUCACCGAGUCAAACUCUUUCAAACGAAGAGUAUCACGUUUUGCGCGAAACGGCCAUUAAGGUCAUCAACCAUUUGAAGAUAGUUGGUGAAUGCAAUAUACAAUACGCACUAAAUCCCAACCCACCUAAAGAUUUAGAGGGCGGAUCCUCGAAAGUUGACUAUUAUAUAGUGGAAGUAAACGCGCGUUUGUCACGUAGCUCCGCGUUAGCUUCCAAAGCUACCGGUUAUCCGCUUGCGUUCAUAGCUACCAAAUUAGCUCUAGGUUUCACUCUUCCCGAACUUAAAAACACAACAACUGGCGUUACUUCGGCCUGCUUCGAACCCAGUUUGGAUUAUGUAGUGACUAAGAUACCUCGAUGGGAUUUAGAUAGAUUCCACGGAAUAUCCAAAGAAAUUGGGAGCAGUAUGAAAAGUGUUGGAGAGGUGAUGGCGAUAGGCAGAACAUUCGAAGAAAGUUUUCAAAAAGCGCUUAGAAUGACUCACCCAUCUGUGAUGGGCUUGACCCCCUUCGUUCCCCUAACCAAAACCGACUCGGAUAUGAAAGUGGAGAUGAAGGAGAUAAAAACGCCCUCUCAUAAUAGAUUGUAUAUAAUUGCUAAAGCACUGAAGGAGGGUAUGACUGUAGACGAAAUUUAUAAAGGGACCGAUAUAGAUCCGUGGUUUUUGGGAAAAAUGAAGAACAUAGUCGACUUACAAACCAUGAUAUCCAAAUUUAAUAUUGAUAAUCUAAGUCAAGAAAUCCUGCGUUUAGCGAAAGAGUACGGCUUUUCCGAUUCCCACUUGGCUAAAUUAUUGAAAUCAGACGAGGAUAAGGUUAGACAAUUGAGGAAAAAAUUGGAUAUAGAACCAUUCGUUAAACAAAUUGAUACAAUGGCUGCAGAAUAUCCUUCCCAAACUAAUUACCUGUACAUGACUUACAACGCUAUGGAACACGAUCUCCAUUUUGACGAUAAGGGCAUAAUGGUAUUGGGAUGCGGGCCUUAUCACAUAGGUAGCAGCGUGGAAUUCGACUGGUGCGCCGUUUCUUGCAUGAGAAAUUUGAGGAAGUUGGGAUACAAAUCAUUGGUAGUUAAUCACAAUCCAGAAACCGUUAGUACUGAUUUUGACGAAUGCGAUAGAUUGUAUUUCGAGGAAAUAAGCCUGGAAAGGAUUUUGGACAUUUACGAGCGUGAAAACAACCAGGGGGUCAUAGUUAGUGUAGGCGGCCAGAUACCCAAUAAUUUGGCUUUGCCAUUGUACGAAAAGGGAGUUAAAGUGUUUGGGACCGAUCCUCGCCAGAUAUAUUUCGCAGAACAAAGAUCUAUUUUCUCGAGAAUUAUGGAUGAAUUGGAAAUCCUACAACCACCCUGGAAAGCUAUCUCAUCACUGGACGAAGCCAUAUCGUUCGCUCAAAAAGUAGGGUACCCCGUCUUACUCAGGCCCUCUUUCGUGCUUAGCGGAUCGGCCAUGAACGUGGCUUACAAUGAGAAACAAUUGAAAUUUUUCGUGGCUGAGGCUUCACGGGUUUCUUUGCAACAUCCCGUGGUUAUUACCAAGUUUUUGGAGAACGCUAGGGAGGUCGAAAUGGACGCCGUUGCUCAAAAAGGAGAGGUUGUCGUUCACGCCAUAUCUGAACACAUUGAAAACGCUGGUAUACACAGCGGAGAUGCCACUAUGGUCUUACCGCCUCAUACCUUAUCUCCCGAAACUACAGACGAAAUCAGAAACAUAACCGCGAAAAUCGCCAAAAAAUUUGAAAUUUCGGGACCGUUCAACGUUCAAUUUUUAGUGGCCGAUAAACGCAUAAUGGUGAUAGAGACGAACCUUAGAGCUUCUCGCUCUUUCCCAUUCGUUUCGAAAACGCUUGAUAUUGAUUUCAUAGAAAUCGCUACCAUGAUAUUUCUGGGAAUACCUCUUACACCUGCUUACAUUAAAAAUCAUUCUUUACCCACGUUGCAAAAUCCUAAAAUUCCUAAUUUUGUGGCCAUCAAGGCUCCGAUGUUUUCUUGGCCCAGAUUGGGAGGCGUUGACCCUCUGCUAAGAUGCGAAAUGGCAUCCACCGGUGAAGUGGCUUGCUUCGGCCAAAAUAUUCACACUGCCUAUUUGAAAGCUCUCAUCUCAGCAGGUUUCAAGAUCAUGCAAACUAAAUCGAUCUUAGUAGGAAUUCAAGAAUCCUUUCAAAAACCGUUUCUUUCCAUUGCCAAAAAGUUUUACUCUCACGGUUACGAGUUUUACGCUACCGAAAAUACGUCUGAAUAUUUGAAGAAAAAUGGAAUACCAGCCAAGACUGUUGAUUGGCCUCUGACAAAACCUCAUAAAUAUAAUUUAAACCCUAUACAAUUGAUACAAAAUGGAGGUAUAGGAAUGGUAAUUAAUUUGCCAAAUAAUUACACUAAAUUUGUACACGACAAUUUCUUGAUUCGUAGAGCUGCCAUUGAUUCUAGCAUACCGCUUAUGACAGUAUUUGAGAACACCAAAUUAUUCUCUGAAUCGAUCGCGUACCUGGAUAAAUUAGAUAUAUCCAGCUUGUUUCACUACAAGGCAAUUGACAAGGAGAUGAAAAGCAAAAUGAAUCAACAAAAUUAAAGAAUAGCAAAAAAAUAUAUUCCUUAUUUUAUAAAAAGUACAUAUGCAAUAUAUUUAAUUAGUAAAAACCUCGUAUUUUAUUUAUUUAUAUUAAUAUGUAUACUGACAAUUUUAUAAUUUGUUUUAGAAUCAAAAUCCCUUAUUUAAAAAAAUAUAUUUUUUAUACAAUUUAUGAAAAUGUAAAAUAAUAUAAUGAUGAUUGAAAAUAAGUGUCGUA